UAGCAUCAGAGUUGGAUAAACAAUAAUGUUGUUAAAAAUUAUUUCCUUGGGACUAAUUUUACUUGUAGACUAUGCUGUUGGUAAUUGCAGUGAAUGCCAAACAAAUCAUAUGGCAUGCCAUAGUGAAAAUACUUUUUCACUUUGUGUAGAAGGAAAACCAACGGAUUCUAUGAUUCAUUGUCCUGAAGGUACAGUUUGUACCGAUGAUCCAGCUGUUUGUAUUCAAAAAGAUGGUAAUGUAGUAACACCAUCUUGUUUAAUAGGGAAUGUACCUUUAAAAAAUGGAGGUUUCUAUGAAACACAAGAUGCUCAAAGAAGAAACAAUUCAAUAUCGAAAUUAGAUUCAGCUGAACCUAAAGAAGGUGAAAUUUCUUCUUCCACUGAAAAUUCAGAUACAACACUUUGCUCAACGAUUACAGAAGUUGUUAACUCUGAAACAACAGACGGUUCAUUAGAAAUAGAAACUACUUCAAUUUCUGACACUACUUCCACUGAUGAAGAAAUUUCUUUAAAUACUGAAGACCCAUCUACGACAGAAUCUUCACAAUUUAGUUCUAUUUCAACAGAAGAUCCUUCCAGUUCAACUGCUUAUAUUGAAACAACUUCUAAUACUCCUCGAGACGCAACAACGUUUUGUUCCGAAACUAAAGAAAUUGGAACAUUUAAAGCUGAAGGCGAUAAUACUUGCAAAUGGUAUUACGUUUGUACAACAACCAAGGACGGUUUUAAAGGAUACGAGUUUAACUGUGGAGAAAAUUACUUCAAUCCAGAAAUUAGUCUAUGUCAAAAAGAGAAACCAUUUCAAAUUUUUUGUCUAUCGUUUUGGUUCAACAUGUUUAAGCUUUUUACAAUAUUGUUAGCAAUUGUUUUUAUUUUGGCACAAGUAAAUGGCAAAUGCAAUACCUGUAGUAAUGAUCAAAUGAUAACUUGUACGGAUGAAACUCAUUUUUCUCCAUGCAUUAAGGGAAUAGUGGACACAACAACAAGUGUUCAAUGUGGUCCUGGUGAAAUUUGUACCGAUUUGUCAAUUGUAUGCGCUCCAAAAGCCAAUUCAACAGCAAAACCAGCUUGUACAAGUUUAUGUGGAGUUUGUGAAACUAACAAAAUGUUUGCAUGCACUUCUAAAAAAGAUUACGCUUUGUGUAGGGAUGGUGUUGCAACAAAUAUAACUGGGGCAUGCCCUAGUUCAACUGUAUGUGACACUUCAGGUACUUCAAUUUGCGUAGAUUCAUGUACCGCAACUGUGCUAACUUGUAAUAAGGAAUCGUCAACUGUGACGACGACAGCUGCUCCAACACCAUCCCCAACACCAAGUCCAACACCAAGCCAAACACCGUCCCUAACACCAUCCCCAACACCAAGCCCAACACCGUCCCAAACACCUUCUCCAACACCGGCCGCAACUCCAUCGCCAACACCGUCCCCAACACCGUCCCCAACACCAUCUCCGACACCAUCUGCAACACCUUCCCCAACACCAUCACCAACACCUUCCCCAACACAAGCUCCUACAGCUUCUGAAGUUUGUGCCAAACACAACAUUCCUGGUAGAUUCUCAUACAACGAUAGCAGUAACAAAUGCGAGACAACCUAUGUUUACUGUCGCUAUCGCGGAUCAAGUCUAAUUGGUGUUCCAAGUACUUGCCCAUCUGGCAGUUAUUUCAACAAAGCAACACAAAGUUGUGAAACAACUGCGCCAUCUGGUUGUGUGCCUUAA